GUGAAGAGAAGGCGGCAAUUCGGCUGAUUCGCUCUUCGGUAUUAUUUUUUUUUUGGGCUAGUUUUGCCGGCAAGUGCAACGAAAGUUUCCAAUUUUGGGAAGUUCUCUGCCACCAACUACAAUUGUGCUUGUUAUAAAUAAAUGCGUGUAAAGUCAAAGGUGUUUAUUUGUGGUGUUUUUAAUAAUAUUUCUACUGACGAACUGUGGUGAGAUUGAAAACAGCCUUUAGUGAUAUUAGAAUAAAAAUGAUUGAAAAUUUGGAAUCAAAGAUAUCGUUCGAAAUACCCAACCAGUUGGAUUUGUCCAAGUUGAUUCGAGGGCAAAACUAUACAAUGCUCUGGCAAAACUUAAACCCAUCUCAAGAUGCCGCAGCUAGGGCUGCUGGAAUGGGUUCUGUGGGUUCACAGGGAGAGUUGAUAUUUAGUGAGUACAACUCGAGCAUCAUUGGCAGCACUGACAUCAACCUGUUGAGCAGCUUGCAGAAUUUUGCCAGUCGAGGAGGAAUACCCUCAACCGGCCUUGGCCACGAACAGCUGCUGGAUCCUACUUAUGAACGUUUUAUUGGGGAUGUUUGGGUUGGAAUCGUUCUGACAUUGAUGAUUCUAUCAUCGAUCUUUUGUAUGUGCUCCUGUUUUCUCUAUCACAAGUUUCGACAAUGGCAACGAAAUGUUUUGACGUCCCGUUCUCAGACGUUGCCAACAGUGAACGUCGAGACGCCACCUCCGUAUGAUGUUGAGUCCCUACCGAGUUACACAAUCGUUUCCGGCCUGCCUAGUUACAACGAUGCGAUUGAGCAGCUCAAACAGAAACAGCAACAGCACAAAGUCCCGUCGUCUUGUGAAUCGGUGAAAGUGCAUCGACCAUCGGUUAUCAAAUUGUUCGAAUCGCAAUCCCAAGAUCUUGGUGCGGUGAAGCUUGAGGAGGUGCGGUAUAACUUUGCUAGCACAAGGUCAAACAGUGCAACAGGAGCAGCUGCGGAAGCUUCUGUCAUGUGUGAAGUGACUCCAACUUCUUCGACAUCCAAUGGUUUUAAUAUGGUUCCUAGUUUGAUAACACCCAACAGUAAAAGCCAAAUUCCAGCCAGCUUAAGACAAGAAUAUAUCAUAGGGGACAUCAAAAAGUUUGUAGUCUGCAGUAGUACGGUAGAAAAUGAGCGACCAAUUAGGUUAAGUAAUAGUUAGGUAGUCAGCUUUGAAUCCUACUCAUUCCAGGGAGAUCUUAAUCGAAACAUUGACUGUGUUAAUAAUUGCUAAUUUAUUUAGUUAAUAAUUUCAAGUUCACACUUGGGCGCUUAGAGUAAAGGGGUAGAUAUAUGUAUGUAUCUGUUUCUAUUGUUAUGCAUGUAUAACAGUUACUGAUAUAUUUUCUAAACAUAUACCCCCAAGGUCAGGGUGUCUCAUGUGCUCAUGCUCAUGUGCAUGUGCUCUCAUGUGCUACUAAGGUAGUCCCACCAUUGAGUAAAAUAGUUUUUCUCGUAUGGGCGCAUUUUUCAGGCUAGUAAGAGCUGACAGCAAACUGUACGUACAUAUUUACUAAU